CCGCUCCUGCGCACAACCGCCCGGUUUGUCCGCUGAGCGUCAGUGCCAUGACAACGGGACGAUGGCUGCAAGCAAGACGCUGAGAAAUGUGAUGUUUGUGUGAGCUUGGAGUAACAAACCGUCGCCUUUCACUGACUGCUUCGUGUAUGUGAAGGCAGCAUGUCUCUGUUCAAGGCCCGUGACUGGUGGUCAGCCGCACUCGGCGAGGGCGAGGAGUUUGACCAUGGAUGCUUAUGUGUCGGAGACGUGGACAACAGCGACACUGGACAUGACAAGGUGGUGGUGGGCAGCUACAUGGGGAUGCUGCGAGUUUUCUCCCCACAUGCCAGUAAGACCAGCGAGGGAGUUUCAGCGGAAGCUCAGCUCCUGGAAGUCCAGCUUCAAAACGCCAUCAUCCAGGUGGAAGUGGGAAAGUUUGUCUCGUGUUCAGAGCUUCUGCACCUGGCUGUUCUUCACCCCCGGAAGUUGUCGGUCUACUCUGUUUCAGGCACUGCGGGGAACGUAGAGCACGGUGACCAGUACCAGCUGAAGUUAGUCUAUGAACACAACCUGCAGAGAACGGCCUGCAACAUGACCUACGGCACCUUUGGAGGGGUUACAGGUCACCACUCCCUGUGCAUUCAGUCCAUGGACGGGAUGCUGAUGUUCUUCGAGCAGGACAGCUACUCCUUCGGCCGGUUCCUCCCGGGUUUCCUGCUGCCCGGCCCGCUGGUCUACAACCCCAGGACGGACAGCUUCCUCACCGUUUCCUCUGCACGCCAGCUGGAGAGCUACAAGUAUGAAACUCUGGCUGUGGCUACAGAGGCAGAGAGCCGACAGGAUCCUGAACUGCCCCUCAAGACUGGAGGCAAGAGGCUGACGCCUGACUGGACGAUUGUCCUGGGAGAACAGGCCCUGGACCUUUCUGUGCCCUCCUUCUCCCACUCCUCCUCCUCCAUCUUCGUUCUGGGUGAGAGAAGCCUGUACUGUCUCCGAGACAACGGCCAGAUCCGCUUCAUGAAGAAGCUGGAGUUCAACCCCAGCUGCUUCCUGCCCUACACCUCAGUGACGGAUGGCACCACCAACCUGUUGCUAGGUAACCACACCAACAUGCUGCUGGUUUACCAGGAUGUGACUCUGAAGUGGGCGGCCCAGCUCCCAUUUGUGCCCGUGGCCGUUCGUAUUGGCAGCUUCCCGGAGCUGAAAGGAGCUGUGGUCAGUCUUAGCUCUGAUGGCCACCUCUUGUGCUCCUACAUGGGCACAGACCCCUCCUUCUUCUCCACGCCCAAGGUGGACGCCCGCGAGGCCGACUACGAGCAGGUGGACGCUGAGAUGAAGAAACUGCAGAAGUUCAUCAGGGAGGCCACCAGGACUCAGGACAUUCUGCCUAAAACUGACACUGAGGAGGACCUGAUUGUCACAGCUGCUGUGUCCUCCAGCAUGGACGGCCAAUCGGAAGCUCUGAUCCAAGACAUCGACGGUCUGCCCGUCCCCUCGGUAACCAUCCAGGUGAAGGUGAAGGCCAGUUGUGUUGUACAGUCCCCUAAGCUGACCGUCAGCAUUCAGCCUCCUUUGGCCGUCACUCAGGACCAGUUUGUCCUGGAACCCAUGGGUGUUGGCUCCUCCACAGUUGUGUCAUUUUCGGCUUUCCUCAACGGCCGUUACCCUCCUGCUGACCUGACCGGAGACAUCACCGUGUCCUACAGUUCGCCGACAGGAGUUCCCAGGGUUCUCCAGUCCAGGUUCAGUCUUCCUCUGGCUUUGGUGUGCGUUCCCUCCUCUCCAGCCAAAACCACCAAGUUUAAGGUCACAGUGGACACCAACCAGGCACCAAUCGAGCUCAAUUCCAUCUUCCCAGAGUUUUCAGCAAAGUCAGGAGAUAAGGAUGGGAAUAGUUUGGCUUUCCAGUUCCUGUCAGGAGCCAAGGUUACCGUGCUGGCCUCCAAGACCUCCCAGCGUUACCGUAUUCAGAGUGACAGUUUUGAGGACAUGUGGUUGGUGGUGAAGGAGUUGAUCAUGAGAUUCGAUCGCCAUUUCUCCAAACUGGGAGUCAAAGACUUCAAGAAAAGCUUUAGUGGACCACUCCCGCUGCAGGAGUACUUCCUGUCUGUAGACCACCACUUCCAGCUGCGUGUCAGUGCUCAGCAGUACCAGGAUCUGCUGUCAGAGCGUGCUGUCCAGUUCAGAGCCAUCCAGCGCCGCCUGCUGACUCGGUUCAAAGACAAAACCCCGGCGCCCCUGCAGAACCUGGACACACUGCUGGACGCCACCUACAGCCAGGUGAUGGCGCUGGCGGAGGCGGCGGAGGAGAACCGGGCGCUGCUGGCGGAGGCGUUUGUCCGCCUGCGGAGCGCCACACACCUGCUGGUGCUGCUGCUGUCGCUGUGGCAGGGCCUGACCCCCGACCAGACCUCCAUCCUGGAGGCCACGCUGCUGCCGCUACUGCAGGACACACCGCAGCUGGGCUGGGAGGAGAGCUGCGACGCUGCCGUGUCCCACCUCCUGCGGACCUGUCUUUCUCGGAGCCCCAAGGACCAGGCCACCUCAUUGGCCCAGGCGGGAGGCCCUGUGCUGGGCCUCCCCCGUGACACCGCCCGCCUCAAGAAGCACAUCACCCUGCUGUGUGACCGCAUCGGCAAGGGAGGCCGUCUCACCCUGGCCUCUGAGGCCAACGUCCAGGUCCCUGCCCAGGUCCAGAACCUGGCUGCUCCCGGAGGCGUUGAGCCCAUUGCGGAGGUGGCUGGUGACGGGGAGGAACUGGAGCUUCCACAGGAGCCCACCAAGUUCAUCAAGAAGAAGCAGCCGUCUAAGAAAGUCAAGAAAGACAAGAAGGAGGCGUCCAGGGAGACGUCAGAGGCCUCCAUUAAAGAAGAAGUGGGAGGAGCAGAGGAGCCUGUCAAGGAGGUGAAGAAGGAGAAGAAGGAAUCAUCAAAGGAGAAGAGGGAGUCGAAGAAGGAUUCGAGCAAAGACGCCAAAGAGCCCAAGGAGGAGGUGAAGAAGGAGAAGAAGGAGUCAUCAAAGGAGAAGAAGGAGAGAGACAAAGACAAGGAAGGGAAGGAGGCCAGCAAGGAGUCGGGGGACAAGAAAGUGUCCAGGAAGUCUUCUGUAAAAGUGAAAGAGAAGAAGAAGGAGCCGGAGGGAGAGGCCUGACAGGAGUCGUGCAAUAAGCUCACAUGAUAUGCAUGCAGGCACAUAAACACACAAGAUAACAUGUCUAAACAUCAUAUACACAACAUAUAAAUAUGCAUACGUGUACACAGUGUCCAUGUAAACAUAUACAAGGCUACAGAGCACAAACACACACUCACAUAUGCUGUCUAACUGCAUAUAUACAUGGGAAUACUCAUUCAGAGCCAUACAUCUCAGUCGCUAAGCAAUCCAGACGCAUAUUUACAUCAUCUGGUAACACACACACACACACACACACACACACACACACACUCUCUCUUUCUGUGUCUCUGCGUUGCGGCUCCUGCUGCUGAGCCACACCACAUCCAGUAGUUUUGGUGUGUGUGUGUGUGUGUGUGUGUGUGUGUGUGUGUGGGUGUGUGGGUGUGCUGGGUAACCAUGGUGAGGUCCGAGCCUACAGAGAGUGAAGAGGAAGGCGAGAUGCUCCUCCUCUCCUCAGACAUUUCGCUGACUCUCUCCUUCCUCCUCCUUCUCCUCCUCCUCUUCUUCGUCUGGCCCCAGCAGCAGUCAAACCCACAGCCCUGCACCUCCUCAAUCCCGGUCAGGCCCCAAACCACCCCCCGCGCCCACGCACACUUCUGGAUGUGACUUCGGAUCCGCCCUCUCGCCCCCUCGUGUGGCACCAGGCCUCGCCGCUAAGAAUAAAUCCGUGUCCAGCAGCCCCGCUGCUUCCGGGUGAAUCAAGGCCACAUCCUACACCCACCACCGCCACCCCCUCUGACCUCUUCCAGUCAGCUUAGUUCUUUAAAUCCGGGACACUCAAGGACUUGCGGCUGCUGAUGGACGCAGGCUUGGCGCUGCGGGGUCGAACCUGAAACUGUUUUUGUACGGUGGAAACCAGCAGGGCGUUUCAGGAAAAAGCAGGAUGGCAGUCAGGAGAGGAGACGGGCCUGCCGUCUCACGCUCGAUUCAGUUUGAUAUGUGACCGUCAGAUGAGCGUUGCCAGUGCCAGAGGAAGAACAGAGUCUUUCAGCUGCAAAUAAUCAUUGGUGUUGAUGUUAGAAUAAACUGCAGUUAGAGAUCAGUUGACUCAAAUUACAACAUUAGAGAAAGAAACAUUACUUUCAGUGGUGUCUGUCCGUGCAGAUUUGCAAGUUUUGUUUGAUUUGUGCACAUUUGAGAAAAAAAAGUUGGUUUUCUUUUGAUAAUUAACAUUAACAUUUCUGGUAGGACAAUUUCCAUUUGGGUUAACUACUGAAAUGUGAGACAGAUCUGAGAACCUGGGCCAACUAAACCAAACUGUCUACGUGGUUAGAUACCAGUAGAGGGGAAGUGAGAAAAGGUUAACAUGCUGUGUAAAACGUGAAUUAAAAACCGAAUGUAAUCACUUGCAAACAGAUUGUGUUAGACAACAGUUUCAUGAAGUGUUCGUGAGCCUUCUGAACAUCCCUUUCAUAACUCGCCGUGGUAUCACCUGUGACCAGUGAGCCUCUUUAAAGAACGAAAAUAUCAGUACACUUGAGUAUCGCAGUAUUUUUGUUCGUGAUGCUGC